AUGGCUUCGAAUGGUUCUCGAGCGCUACAGAUCCCAACACGACCAUUCUACUCGCAAGGACGCCAGAAGGAGGCGUCUCGGCUUUCUGUGCACCUAUGCGGCGGACUGUCCACCGUAGUGAGAGCUUGGAUUCUUCAAACCAAAGUACAAAAGCUCAAUGGCGUAACGAUUCAGCGGCGGGGAUGUAAACAUGGGACUCGUCCAGUCCCGACCGCCGAGCUUCGCCGUGCCAACACACGCACCGGUCUUGUCGGGACCCUCGGCCAAGGGACAAAGGAGAUCAGCACAAUUCUCAACGCCACUCGAGUACACGAUGCAGUCAGCGCGUGCGGGCUGGGGGGCCGCGGUCUCGUGAUCAGCCGGGUAUUUGCCCGCGCGCGCUACGUACGUGGGACGUCGUCGAUAGAUCUACCUGCAGGAUGCCGGACGAUGGCAAAAUGGGAUGUGGAGUAUCGAGCGAACAUGCAGUUAAUGUUCUCAGCCGUCGCAUUACUGGGAACAUCGGAGCAAUCUGUCAGCAGUCAAGCAUCUGUCUCUUCCGCAGCCGCUUUCGUGCCGAAGAAACCCGCGCCGAUGUUACCGUUGAGGGUGCUGACUCCAACUAUGAAAGCUCUGAUGGCCAAAGCGGCCAUUUCGGGCCUAGGGAAUACCAACAUCGCACGCGUUUACCGCGAUGCCAAUGCUUUGAGACAUUUGGGGAGGUACAACAGACACGUUAUGGCUGAUGACACGGUCUACGUAUUGAAAGGCAAAUGGGGUGCGGAAGUGCUCGGGCCGUCGGAGAAUUGGGUGGGCGCGGGUGCGGAGCGAUGA